CGCUUUAAUUUCAAAAAUUGAUUUGUUACAAACAGAAACAAACAUGUAACCCUUGAUGGCCUUGGGUCUGUUGAAUUGGCCUUCUUCCAGGAAGGGCUGUGCGUUCUGAGCUUACAUGGACACUCCUGUCUCUGUCCUGGAACCAGCUCCACCAGCCGGCGGCGUGAGUUCUAGGUUUGGGGUAGCAGCUGAACAAGAUGAGUGCUUGCUUUGUCUUUCACCUCUGUGCCUCUUUAGCUGCAGUUGAAGGAUUUCUGCUCCAGAGUUCUAUGGAAUUGGGUGGGGUCGGGGGCAGGGACUCUGAAGUUUGGAUCUGAGGAUGCUGGUGACACCUUCAGGAGGACCUUCUCAUUGGGGUGGUGCUGAUAGAGGAGACAGCAGGGGCUUUUCACUCACUGAAAAACCCAAGGGGUUUGAUUUUAAUGGAAGAGUGGGUUUGCAAGAGCCACAGGGGCCAGGCGUCCUCCCUCUCCUCUGAGAUGUCUUCCCUUCAGGGUCAGAGAAGCUGAGACUGGGCUCAGGGCCAGAUCUCUUUGCUGGGCCCCUGGUGAGGCUGAGAUUCCCCAGCUUGUAGCCUCCUCUAUGAACCAGGCCUGCACAAAGUGAACCUGACUCCAGGCUCGGUGAUAAAAAUCUGGAAUCUCCAGACUUCCUCUGGUCGCCCUCCCCACUCCACCUCGUUCCUGACACCCUUGGCUGUGGGUGCUUAUCUCUCCCGAGGCCGCUUGCUUGCAACCCCGAAUCUGGCGCCUUGAAGCUGCACACAGCACAAAAAGCGGCAGAGAUCAAACGCAUUUGUAUGGGCAGUUGAGCGGGAGGUGAAUAUUUAACGCUUCUGUUCAUCAAUAACUUGUUGGCUUUGACCUGUCUGAACAAGUCGAGCAAUAAGGUGAAAUGCAGGUCACGAUGUCUAACAAAUAUGAAAAUGUGUAUACUCAUUUUGGUCCGCACUCAACCCAUCAGGCUUCCCCAAUUUGUCUGGAUAAAGCCUAGGUAGGCCCAGUGUCCCCAGGAAAGCUAAAGGUGAAAGGGCUUGGCAUUAGCGGAAACCGGGGGGAGUCUUUAAAAAGAUUCUAACGUUUUUUAGAAUUGGCAGCCUGGAAAUCCCUUCAGAAUAGUCAAAACUGCACAUGAAAAGCGGGGGAGGAACAGCAAAGUGCAGGAUAAGAGUGAGCACCCGAUUUUGCCAGUUUGGGUGAGGGGAGUCUCCCUGCCCCCACCCCAUCAAACUAAGGUGUAAAACUUGAGAGUGAUUUUUGAAUUAUAGGGGAAGAAUCAAAACAAUACUUAGAAAUGUGGACAUCUUCAGCCUGUUGUCAGGCAUCCAGAAACUCGGCUCAGGACAGGGUAUGCCUCUGCCCCUGAAAUCAGGCCAGCCCCAGAGUGCAUCUGGGCUCUGGAUGCCCUGAAUUGAGGGGCAAGCCCAGGACAGCGGAGGCGCUGGGGCGGCGAAAUUCGUGAACUUUUGUACUCUUCUGUGCUGCUGUCGGCAAAGCAAAAAUAAUGAAACUUUGUGAUAUGUUUGUAAAUGAUUUCGAAUGACCCCUCGCCCUGCCCUUCACCAUUAGCGCGACGGUCUCAGCCCAGGGCGGCUCGGUGGCCGCAAACAGCGCCUGCCUCGGGGAGCAGCGGCAGCAGCAGCGGCAGCAGCAGCGGCAGCAGCAGUGGGAUCCGAAAGUCCAGCGGAGCUGAGGGCCCAGGAAGGUAAAUGCUGGAAUUCUGGGAGGACUAGCGGUGGCCACCAACCUGGUUCAGGAAUUGGUGAAGAAGAUCCCCUUUUGCCUUUUUCAAAACUCCCUGCCGCUGAGGACCUUUGCUUCUUUUUGGGAAAUACCACUUGAUAAGGGGGCGGGAGAUUUGGCUUGUGAAAGGGGGCAAUAAAGCCGCCAUCUCUGGGGUGAAAAGAAUUUCCCCCGUCCUUUCCUUUCCUUUCCUUUUUUAAGAAGAAGGUCCUGGUUGCUCAGCUGCUCCGUAGUUCUGAUCCUGGCAAGAGAAUAAGGGCACUCGCUGCUGCAAAUGGUCACCGAGCCUACCUGAGCUGCCUCUGAAAGCCGGGCUUGGGGAGUUCCUGGUGGCUGAGCUGAAGAGAUCUGGGCUAGCAACCGCCCGAGUGUCUGCUCUGGGUAGGACCCGAGGUUGUAACGUUGUCUAUAUAUACCCUGUAGAACCGAAUUUGUGUGGUACCCACAUAGUCACAGAUUCGAUUCUAGGGGAAUAUAUGGUCGAUGCAAAAACUUCAUAUGUCUCCUCCGACAUAACCAGAGACUAAGGCAUGAGAGGAGGGGCAGCCGAGCCGGCCAGCCACCUCUAUCUUCUUCAUUACCUUGGACUCCAGGAUGAUGGACUUUGCCUGGUGACAUCGUGCAGCCUUUUCCUGGAGAACCCCCCACCUUUAUCAAUAGAGGCUCCAGAAGGUGCUUAAGUGGUUGUCUGAGCGUAAGGGCCAGGUUUUAGGGCACUGGGGAGUGAGGUGAAAGGCCAGCAGCAGCUCUCCCCUUCAGGAGCAUGAGAUGCAAGGGUCCCCAAAUAGGGCUCACCUGGUUUUAAAACCCUUGUGUGGGAAGAAGACAAUCUGGAAGGAAGGCCACUGGAGACCUUUGGGGUACAUUUAGGCAAGGUUAAGGUCCCUUUACCACCAUCCCAACCCGACCCAAUCCACAGCUACUAGACCAAGGACAGUGAGGGCCUCCUGCUCUAUCAGCAAGACUCAACAUCAGCUAGAAACACCCCAGCCUGGACAUUGGCAGAAAACCAUAGUGGUUACUCAUUGCCUAGCUCAAUUCUGGUCCGCCAGAUUCUGGUAACUUUUGGGUGACCCUGAUGAAGACAAAGCCGCGACAGGUCUUUGUAUGUCAGAGUCCAGGACUCCCGCCAGCUGGCCGGGCAGGCUGCCUGCCUGGAACACUCUCUACCCAACUCAGAGGCCACAUUGCCCACACUCAUUCUUCCUUAUUUUGCACCCCAAUAGGAGAAUUCACUCUUCCUUGAACUGUGCCCACUUUGGGGGCUGCCUCAGGCGGUGGUAGUGAGGAGGGCAUGGGAGGUUAGCCAAGUCAGUGGAAAACAAAAGCUGAGAUGACCUGCUGAGGAGAGGGUUCUGGGGAUAGAAUUGGAACUCUAUUAACAUCUGUCAGGGACUCUCAAACGUGGCAUGGCAAGUCACUUGAUUACACGUAUGUUAUUUAGUUAAAUUUGUGAAAAUUAUGAGAUGCUCACAAACCCGGUGAUAAACUCGCUCCCUUCCUAUUGGCUGGCCUGGUCACAUGGCCGCCCAACUUUAUUCAGUUGACAGCAAGUAGGAGGGCCCAAUGGAAGGAGAAAAAAAGACAACACGAGAAAAAUUAGUAUUUUCUACCUUCUGAAAUUAAUGGCCAUGAGUUCGUAUAUGGUGAACUCUAAGUACGUGGACCCCAAGUUUCCUCCGUGCGAGGAAUAUUUGCAGGGUGGCUACCUAGGCGAGCAGGGAGCCGACUACUACGGCAGCGGCGCCCAGGGCGCCGACUUCCAGCCCUCGGGGCUCUACCCACGGCCCGAUUUCGGUGAGCAACCCUUCGGAGGCGGCGGGCCGGGGCCUGGCUCCGCGCUGCCGGCGGCGCGGGGUCACGGACAGGAGCCAGGCGGCCCAGGAAGUCACUACGGUGCCCCGGGAGAGCCGUGCCCGGCGCCCCCGCCUGCGCCCCUGCCUGGCGCCCGGGCCUGCAGCCAGCCCACGGGCCCCAAGCAGCCACCCCCCGGGACAGCACUUAAGCAGCCCGCUGUGGUCUACCCCUGGAUGAAGAAGGUGCAUGUGAAUUCGGUGAACCCCAACUACACCGGCGGGGAGCCCAAGCGUUCCCGGACGGCCUACACCAGACAGCAAGUCCUAGAACUGGAAAAGGAAUUUCAUUUUAACAGGUAUCUGACCAGACGCCGUCGGAUUGAAAUCGCUCACACCCUGUGUCUGUCUGAGCGCCAGAUCAAGAUCUGGUUCCAGAACCGGAGGAUGAAGUGGAAAAAAGACCACAAACUGCCCAACACCAAGGGCAGGUCUUCUUCUUCUUCCUCAUCUUCCUGCUCCUCUUCAGCUGCCCCCGGCCAGCAUUUGCAGCCCAUGGCCAAGGACCACCACACGGACCUGACGACCUUAUAGAAGUGGGGACCCUGGGCCCAUCCCUCCCUGCACGCCAGGUUGAGGCGAAGCUGCGGGUGCAGGCGUGGCCUGCUGUCACCUCGCUGGGCUCUAAGGUACUGUGGGGGUGGACCUGGGACAUACAGGCCGCCCUCGGACUAGGUUACCAUCCUGCCCGAGGGCAGCCCCCUCCCUAAAGGGAUGGGGUGGGAGGGUGGGCGGGCUUCUUUAAGUAUAUUAUCAUAUGGCAGGAGCUACUGAGAACAUAAAACCUUGGCGAGUCAUUAAACUCAUGAAAUCUCUGCUGUUGGAUUUUGAAUUUGCAAAUGAAGGUUGGAGGCUUUAUCCCAGUGUGAGCCUGGACAUUCUCCUCCACACCACCCCUCCAGGGAGCUGUGUGGUUUAGUAACUGUGGGGGGAGUUGAGGCAGAAGGCCAGCACCCAGUGUUGGGUGCUUUCACAGCAGGAGAGCUGAGCGAGAACCUCAGAACUUUCUGAGUUCUCUAUAGAAUUUCUGCUGUGAUAAUAAGAAAUGUUUUGCUCCCAGUGGCCCAUGCCCAAAGAAAUAAAUCCAAGGAGGAAGUGGAAACGGGUUAUUUUAUGUUUUGAUUAUAUUUGCUUAAAUAUUUAUUUGUUUGGGGGAAUGGACUCCAGAAAAUACCUGACACCUGUGUGCCAAAAAACCCUUAGGAUAGUGGAAGCGACUGAGCUUCAGGGGACUGAGUUAGAAAUCUGUGGACUCACUUCUGGCCCUAUUCCGGAUUUUGAGCUCCUCCCUCCCACCCACCCACCCUGGAAAUAUGUGUAGGAGGCCCUUAACUCUUCCAGAGGGAAGGCAAGGAUCCAGGAAAACUGCGUUUUGAAAAUACGUUUCCACAUGUGCUUGCCCAAGCCCUGUGUUUACAAGCAGUUCUGGGUGGCUGGAAGAAAGAGAAGGGGAAAAAAAGAAACAAAUGGUUCAAUAUUUUCCUCUGGGGAAAGAAAACAAAACCUAUAUGCCCUGGGUCAUCAGAUAAUGUCUGAAUUUUCUAUUCCAACGGGAUUCCAAAUGCUCCAAGUACUCCCACAUAGCAGGAUUAUAUAGGACUCAAUGUAUGGCCUCUUCCGGGGUGGUGCUGGCCAUAGAGACAAAGUGGGUAGGUAAGGAAGCCUUAUUUUUAAAAAGAAACUAAUAGACCCUGGAAGUCCACAAAAGUUUAUCUUAAAGAGAUUUCCCUUGAAGUGUUUUUUUUCCCCUAAAGUGUUUCUCAAGACAUCAGUUAGAAGCAGAAAUGAUAAAAGUCCCGAAGUUUUCAGGCCUACUUCUUUACCUUGAAGACAGUGACUUUAAAACAGUCUCAAACAACAGGAAAAAAAAUGGUUUAGUUCUUUAUUUAUUCUUAUUCCAUGUCUGGGAAGAGUUCAAGUCUCUUUUCUCUUAAAACGCUAACCCUUAAGGAUCAGGAAGGGAAGAGUAAAAGGUGGACAAGAGUUUAGACACUCAGAUGAAACAAGUCUUUGAAAGCUUGAACCCCAAAGCUUGGGCUCCAAACAGAACCCCCUGAUUGCAGUCCCCCCCAGUAAGAAAUGAGGGAGAGGUAAACCUAAAUUUUAACCAUAAGAUCAAUAGUGCUGUUACUGUUUUCAGUAUUUCAGAACACUUUAGAAGGUUUCGGUGGUUGUUUUUAAAAUAGACUUAAGUGGAGGAUGGAAAGGCCUGGUCUUUGGUUCUGUGUCUCCUGAGAACUGAGGGCAAGGAUUCAUUCAGCUGGAGCCCCUAAACUGAAAUCCUGCUUCUCUGAAGCAUCUUCCAAGCCUGGGUCUUUUGUAUUAGACCCUGGGGAAGGCUCUUUGUUCCUCCUUGGGGUGAGCCUGGUUCUCAGACUUGCACAUGGCAAUACUUGAAUAUCAACACGUCGGGAUAUUAAAGAUGGAUAUUCCUGCAUUAUUUGCAUCAUUGUUUCUAUGACAAAAAGCACAGAGUUCAUACAUAGUCAAGAUGUCUUUUUUCUGACGCCCUCACGUCGAGAAGCUGAAAAGGUAUUUUACUGAAGUUCGGCUAAAUUACAGAAUCAGGUUCAUCCAGAGGGCAAAUUUUCUGUUCGAUUAGCUGUAUUUCAGCCGGGAGGACUGACCUCUAAACCCUUAACCUUUUGGACUGUAACUACCCUUCUCUUCUUUUUCCCCCUCCCUCUAACAUGGAGACAGUCUUUGGAUAUUGCAUUUGAAAAGAGCCACUCUCCCUGGGCCAAUUGGAAAGUUGCUAAGAUUCUUUCCUAAAAGCCAAAUCUAAGCAUAUAUUGAACCACGUCCUUGGGGUGGGGGAGUAUAUAUUUUCACAAUAUUCAACUAUAUACUUACUAUGGAGAUUAUCAUGUAGAUUUUCCCCCUCUCCUCAGAAGUUCUGGGUACUCAUCCAGCUUCAGACCAAAUACUACCCCUCCUUCCUCCUGCCCCAAAGGAAAGCCAAGACUGUGCUUUCCAGAAGAAAACACCAGCUCCUUCUCAAACUUAGCCCCACUACUUUGGAAAGUAACUUAAUCUGAGAAACAAGUUCUUUGUUUUAAGUCUCAGCUCUUCCUUUCAGCUGGGAGGGAUUGUCUUUUGAAAUGCUAAUGGCGUUGUGCAGGGCCUGGAGAACAGUUGACAGCCCUAAGGUCCCCUUCGGACCCUAGUAUCCAUUUGGGCCCCAAAGAGUGGACCAGGAAAGGGGUAGGUUCCCCCCCCCCUCUACCCUAGUUACCUAGGGAAGGGAAGGGAAGAAGUCUCCAUGUGGGAAGGCACUCUAGAGAAAGCAAGAUGUGGAAAGACUCUGGCCCCAUUUGCUGUUAUUUAUUUCCAGUUUGUUCCCCCCCAAAUAUGAGCCAGAAGUGUUUGUUUGGGUGUUUUAAAACCUGCGUCGGGGUCGUGACUGGGGCUGAGGGGUGGGAUGUUUGCUGAGAACAGAGUGCCUCUGGCUCCCACCUCACUUUGUCCACUGCAGCCUUUUGUUGUGAGAUGACGUUGUCAGUCAGCCCCUUGAAGUCUGCUCACAAAGAUGCUUUUUACAAACAGAACUGACCAUGUUUUACUGCCACUGAUUAAAGUAUUAUUUAUAUUAAUUGUUGCCUGUAGUUUUGAUGUAAUUCAUUGAUCUAUAUUUGAAAUAAUAAAAGGUGUAGUAAAAUCUC